ACAGGUACGCGCCUUCUUCUAGCUCAGACAACCAGGACGGACGGCGGGCUGCCUGAGGCCCUCCGCGCUGCCCGCGGGGCUGUUCCUCCGAGUCGCGGCCCGAGCAGGACUGUGAUGGUACAGUGUGCACAGCAGGUAGCUGGAACUGGCUGACGUGAGAGGUUCUUUCCAGCGCUCAUGAUCCCCAGGAACCCCUUCUCCCUGCUGCAUCUGCGCCUCUGACUUCCUAACCUCCAGUGCGUCCGUCUGUCCAGCAUAGUGUGGGUGGUGGCUGCAGCCAGGCAGCUGAUUUGUGUACGAUCCUGCCCACAGUGCUUAUAUUCAGUGCUGCGAAGAGUGAAAGGGAUUUGAAGGACACUGGGAUCCCCUGAUGUUCUCAAUCAGAGUCCUGUCUGCAAGAGGGUGAGGCCCAGGUUGGGCCCCCAGGGUGAAGAAGGCCUCGCCUGGCAUGAGGGCUGCAUUGUAAUACCAGGUAGGGCUCUGUGAAAUUCCAGGGUGGCAGGAAGCCCGGACUGGCCUCAUUAAGUGCCCCGAGCCUGGGUCAGGGAAGAGUCCUCCUCCUCUGCUCUUUUUGCCUGGAGGAGGUGGGCUCACAGUGUUGUAGAAAAGCCUCACGCUGCUGCAGUGACCUGGCCGAUGGGGACAGACUUGGGUUAGUGCCGCCCUAGUCCUUUCCGGCUGGACAAAGUUCCAUUGUGCACCUGCGGUCUCAGCCUCACCUGUGGCCACAGGAGUCACGGGGCUGUGUGGGACUGUGGAGGUGUGGGGGCUGGUGCAGCCGUCUGGGGCCCAGGGCACAUCGCUCUUGCCCAUGUGCACCCAGCCAUCGGGCUGUCCACACCUCCUCGACCGCCCAGAGCCAGUGCUGAGCCAAGAGGGCGGCUGCGGCACGGACUUUGUCACCCACCUGGCAAGUGGGGGUCGGUGGCUACUUGUUUUACAAACGAUUCUCUUCAAGAGCCCAGUGAUGCCAAAACGUUAAUGGUUUGCCCCUGCAGCUUUAGGAGUGACCUUUUCUUUGAGAUGUUUCUGUAUUCUCCAAAUUUUCUAUAGGGAACUUGGUUUUCUUUCAUAAUUACAAGGAAAAAACCACUGUCUCUUAAAAAUGGAGGCCAGCUAAGUUGCUGAGAUCACGAACUUUGUUUCUGGAUGCUGCCAAGCAGCACUGACGGAGCUCACUCUCGUCUCCAAGCCAUGCCAAGACUGGGGCGUGGGGGAGGGGUGCACAGGCAGAUCGGUCUCUGCCCCAAGUUGGAGUCUGUCUCAUCCAGGCUCAGAUCCUUCUGGAAAGGCAGAGGGGACUUUUGGUUCUAGCCGUGAGGCCUUGGACGGAUCACACUGGUGGCCUCAGCACCUGGUCUUUGAAGACAGUGCAGACUAAAUCUCUAAGGCCCCUUCCCACGCUGACAUCUGGGAUAGGGGUGGGGAAUGGGACUUCAGCAGAACUCCAGCUCUGGGGAGCCUUUCUGGAGAUUGGAGGAGCCCCUGGACACCUCAUGCUUAGGAGUGGAAACCAAAGGGGCCCAGACCAGGAGCCAAGCACUGGCCCAGAGUCUUGGGCCUGUCCUUGGCUGGAACAAAGGAGCCGGUGCAAGAAAGCUGCACUGCUGCCCGCCCUGGAUGGACAGGGCAGAGGACUACCUGGGUCAGAUACCCAGGACGGAGAGAAAUGUAAGCAAGUGCAGGGCAGGCCGCCGAGCCAGCGUACGCUCACAGGGAGCCUGCGGCUGGCGUCGAGAUGACGAUUGUCUCACAGGGCACGCGGCUGGGAGGCUGGACUCUAGACAGCUGGGCCUUCGCCACCCCCUGCUGCUGGUGUGCUGACUUGCAGAUUUCAUCCACCUUAUUUCAUCUGUUCGUAUAUGCAUUGGCUCAUCCCUUCCCGAGUAUAGUUUCUGACCUCUUGAUGGUUCCCACUUAAGUUCUCUUUGCUAUUAUAUGAGUUUAUAUAUAUAUAUUUUUUUCAAAUGUGUCCUAUGUACAAAAGAGCAUGUACAAUGUCAUCGUACAGUCUAAACAAUAGUAAGAUGGGCAGUGUAUUCGUCUUCAGGGAACAGAGCACUCUGCAAGUCCCUUAGAGGACCUCUUAUGCCCAACGUGGUCAGAUUCUCUACCUUUUCCACCAAAGUGAGCACUGCGCUGAUUUGUGGUUCAAUAAUUUCCUCGAUUUCCUGUUUUUAUCCCCAGAGGCAGUAGCUUGAAACAGUAUAGUGUUCAGUUUUGAAAGCACCUGGCAUCAAGCACACACUGAGCUGUGUGGGGAGAGAACAGUAUUGCUACUAUUAGGUGAAGUCGACCAGAAGCAGUCAUGUGAUCUCUGGGUCAGCGUGAAUCUCCGCUUCCUUGGGGAUGUGCCAAAGCCCCUUCUGGGCAAGUCAGCGAGCAAGGACUGGAACGGGUCCUGGGGGUGUCGGGGCCUCCACCCACGAGGUCCUCACUGUCUGGCAGAAGCAUGGUCAGAGGGCUUGGGCUGCUGUUGUCCGUCGGCAGGCUGACCACCGCUGUCCUCUGGACUCUGCCGGCAAGUCAAAGACGCGUCUGUGGGAUGGAAUGCUCGUCUGGAGAGCAGGACGCUUGUCAGCUCACGUCAAGACAAGCCAAGUAGAAAUGAGAAUGCGCGCCGGGAUCACUGGGUGUUCUGCUCCCAGCUAAGCCAUGUGAAGACAGAGGCACUGGUGCGAACAGCCCUUCAUCUCUCCGUCUUGAGUCCCUGCCCCAAAGCAGACUUGUUGUCCGUGAAGUCUGCUGACAGCUCUUGUGCUCACGCCUCUCCUCUGCUCUCCUGAGCAUUUCCUGGGGAUUUUCACCAUUUCUUUCUUUGGCUGUCCUCUCUGUUGAUCGAUCUCCUGCAUCCUUUGCCACUUGUGGGGGGAAAGGGUCAAUCCCGGAUGGGAAUUCUUUCUCCCCUGGAGGGUGGCUUGGUUUACCUUCUCCUGACACUGUCUUCUAGAAAAAUUCUGGAUUAAGAAAAAAACAGCAGUCUGUAUGCAGCACUGUCUACAGAUUGGUACCCCGGGUCGGGAGGCCCUGGAGGGAGCGCGUCGAUGCCAGCAGCCCAGGUAACAAGGCCUGCAUCUGCAUCCCGACAGCCGCCGUGGGGCUUCGUCCCUCUUCCCGGAGCUUCAGUUCCCGUGUCAGACAUGCUGGCCUGGGUCCCUCCCUUGCUGAUCUCCUGUCAGCAUCAUUUUGUCAUUUCGCUACCCUUUCGUGGAGAUUCCCUCAACUUCACCUUUCAGUCCCUUCUAGUGAGUUCUCAUCUUUGCUACCAUGUCUUUAAUUAUCAAGAACUCUAUUUUCUGAAUGUCCAUCUUCGUGUCAUUCUGUAUUUGUCUCAUGGGUUUGAUGUUUUAUCUGAAGAUAGCUUUUUUUCUUUGUCCCUUCUCGUAAAUCUGAUCUCUCCAUUUUUUCCCCCCAUUUGUCUUGGUCUCAGUCUUGGCCCUCAGAGGAUUGGCCCUCUGGCGUCUCAGAUUCUCCAGAAGAGUCCUUCGGGCCCUGCCCAGAGCCAUUGUGUGCGGGCCAUUGUGGGGGAAAGGCGGGCGCUCUGCAUUCAGCAUUCAAUAUGGCGGCACACAGCCGCUGCUUUUGUUUCCAGUGUGGGACCAAUCCUCUGCUUUGUCCAGAAGGCCUGUCUUACACUCUCCAGGGAGAAAACUUCCCUGACUUCUGCUGAGUUGAGGGAAAUGCAGGAACCCCGGAGCUUGGUCUCUCUCUCUCUAGACUUCUUGAAUUCCUCAUUCAAGCCACCCUCUCCACCCCAAGUUCUAGAAGGAACAAUGUCUCAGUUCCUUGUAUUCGAAGAUUCCUUGCUUUUUCAUGUUGUUUUAGGAUUCGGCGUGCUCAGGUCAGCUACAUUAACCUGCCCUGGUCCAUCUCCUUUUCAUCUUCUGAAGUGUUUUGUGCUGGCUGUUUCGCUACUCUCCCCAUGUUUUCGAAUUUAUGUCUUUUUAAAAGAAAUCCUUUUCCUAUAUUUACUUUGCUUUAAUGAGGUUUUAAUAGAGGAACAAAAUUAAGUUUAUGUAUCAUUCUGGCUUUUUUUAUCGCAGAAGUAAGGCUCACACUUUUUCAUGUUCCUUUACUCUCGUUUUUACGCAUACUAAAAUGCAUACUCAUUCCUUCUGUGGCAGUGCCCUCUGCCAGUUGGUGGGUGUGUCAGUCAGCCCUCCACCAGAGAGGCAGGGCCAAUAGGAACCCGUAUGAUGUGUGUGUAACUACAGAACUCUGUUUCAAGCAGUGGACUUCUGUGAGUUGGGAGUGCUGGCUAACAGGUGUGAGGUCUGCGGGGCUGGGAGUCCCGCCUGAAGGUCACAGGGCAGGUGGGGCGCCCCGGCACAGACUGACAGCUCCAAGAGCCGGCAGGUGGAACACCACAGGAGAGCUGAAGCUGUUGUCCACAUGAGCAGUUUCUUCCCCUUUUUUCAGGGAGGUUUCACCUGUCCAGGCCUUUCCAGGCUUCUGCUUCUAAGGUCUUUGACCAGUUGAAUCAGGCUCACCCACAUUAUCCAGGAUACUCCCUUGCUCUUAAUGUCAAUGGAUUAGGGGCUUUCAUGCAAAUGGAAAAAUACCCUCACAGCAACACCUAGGUUAGUGUUUGAGUAGCUGGGGACUGUGGCCUAGCCAAGUUGUCACAUCAAAAAAAAAAAAAAAAAAUCACUGGGGCAUUUGCCAAUCAUUUCCUUAACCAGUUCCCUGCAAAUGGGCAUUCAGAUUAGUUGGUUGUCAUUUAUAGACUUUCUUUUUUUUUAUAGACUUAAUUUAACUUUAUGUGGAGUUGUACUUCCCAGAUAAGGACACCGAGGCUUCAGGCAGUUACAGGAGACUCCCUAAGACCUUUCCUUAUGCCACGUUACCUUCAGGAUAAGAGCAGACUCGUGUUUAUUUUGGAGUUGCUCUCUUCAGCUCUGCACCGAUGCUACCCGCUCUGGGGAUGUUAACCGUCUAAGGUACUUUAUGCCCACCUUAGUCCAUGGAAGAUUGAGGGAGCUUCUGAGAACUAAGUGACUGUGAGGUUUAAAAGAGGGCCUGGCAGGUCCCCGGGGCCCACCUGCAGAUGAGGGGGCUCUGCGGCACAUGGUGGCUCGUGGUGGGCGCCUGGCACACGUCCAAGAAUAUGUAAUGAUAGAAACGAUCAGAAGGUCCUCCGAGUUCGGCAACAGUGCAUGCUAGUGUUAGUUCUCUGUGGAAAUAAUAAGGACGAUAACUCUAAAAUUGCAUGCUCGUUUGCUGGAAAUGUCUCUUUUUUGACGAACAGCUUCUUUUUUAAGAGUAUCUGCUAAUACUUAGAAGGUGAUGUAAGCGUCACCUUGGCAUUUGACAAGCUGACAUUACUCUUGACGCACAGUAGCUUGUUUUUACAUUUUUGUGUUUGAUAUAUAUUACUUCUGAUAACAUUUUAUAAUUUCUAAGUAAGUCCGUUUGUUCUUAGAAAUCAGUGGUUUUUUUUUUUAAUUACAUUUUUAAGGGCAUCCUAAAUAAUCUGUCUGUGCGUGUUACAGGGUCUAGACUAAGCCAGUGGUUCUCCAGGAGGCUGCUGCUUGAGGUCAUCUUCAUUUGCGGGGAAUACAAUUGUUUAUUGAAAACCCAAAAUCUCAGAGUUGAAUCUGGAAGGUGUGUGUCCACAUACGUGCAGUUGCAGAUCAGAGGGCGGGUUCCUUAUUUCAGGUCAAAGCCCAAGUAAUUUGCCCUUAAGAAUGCAGGGAAGGAGCCAGUCAAAAUGCCUACAAAUGCCGAAGCACAUGGGGGGAAGCCCAUCAGAAGGAUUUCUCGGGGUCUUUUGCGGGCUGCUCACUGGUUUCCGCAGCAGUCCCAGGGCGAGGGCCCAGGUGUGGGGGGGUUGGGAAUGUGUCGGCCUCUGUGCCAGAGCAGUGCUUCAUCCUGUGACAGCGGGCCUGAGUGCCCGUGCUGUGUCACAGGUGGAGUCUGUGGUGCUCUUGACGAUGGCGGUAUGCACAGGCGGGCAGGGCUUCUGCUUACCGUCCAGCUACUCAGCCAGCAGAAGUCCGUGCGGCAGCCCCUCUGCACAGGAGGGGAGCUCAGGAGGGCAGACGACUGCGUCCGAAGUGGGGUCCGUAUGCACAUGUGUCCCUGGUACACUUUAGCAUGGUGGGAUCUUCGGGGAAGCUAUGUGCCAGCGCCGAUCACAUUCGAAGAGGUCGAAGGCCCUUGUGUCUGUCCGUAAGCGGGAACCGACUGAGUCGUUGAUCUGGUCAUUUACAGCUCUGCUCCAAAUCCCGAUUGGGUCAGUGUGCCGCCCUGGGUUGGAUCCUUGUGUUGGCCGUCAUCACAAGGUCAUUCAAGGCCUCAGGGAAAGAGCUAGCUGAGCAAGUCAAGACAUGUCUGAACGUGCCCAGACAACAGCAGCCAGCACUGUCCGGGUGAGCCAAGACCAGCGUUGGGAAUGCGGCCUCCGAGGGGCAGUGGACAUGCAGCCAUUCCUGCUGCACUGGGAGAUGUUAAGAAAGGCUGCUAGAGGGGCGCCUGGGUGGCACAGCGGUUAAGCUUCUGCCUUCGGCUCAGGGCGUGAUCCCGGCAUUCUGGGAUCGAGCCCCACAUCAGGCUCUUCCGCUAUGAGCCUGCU